AUGUCGUACGAAGACCACUCCGAGGACGUGGCGGCAGACUUCCGGGAUGCCCUCGAAGGUCUGACCAUGAACUCACGCGUCGAGAUCACGACGUUGACGGUCAUCGCCCGCGAGAACACAGAAUACGCCCAUGCCAUAUCGGAGGUGCUGCAAGAGCACAUCAAGAAGGCAAGUUACCGGCUUCCUCUCCCGGCCAGCACGGCUCGCGCCCGCCAGCUAACAGGUGUGGUCAGCCGCGGCCUAUACACCACCUUUAUGGACGCGUAUGCGUCCGUUGACAAUGGCACCCGGCGCAAAAUGGACGAGAUGCUCAAGACAUGGAAGGAACCUGUGCCAGGCUCGGUUGAUCCGCGACCAGUCUUCUCGCCCGAGACCGUUCGGCCGAUAGAGAGCGCGUUAAUGAAGGCGAAAGCAUCUGCCUUCCAGGCGCAACAAGAACACUUGCGAAGCGAGCAGCAGCUUCUGGGCCGAGGGCGGCCACACAAUUCCGGCAUGCCCUACCGAGAAACACCUACACCUCCCGGUGGACGGCCAGGCUAUCCUCCUCAAAACCCAUAUCCUCAGCAGACAAUGCUGCCAGGUUCAGCUUCGUCCCAGAUGCCGGUGCCACAGCAACACCAGGCAUACCCUAUACACCCGGCACACGCUACGACACAGUCAACACCACAGCCGCCUUCGACUGCGCCGACAGCCGGGCCAUUUCAGCCUCCCCCAACAUCACAGAUACCCUUUUCCGCCAUCGGCUCGGCCUCCAGAAUGAGCAUAGAGUCGCUUAAUGAGGAUGUCGGGCGGUUAAUCCUGGCCACCAAGGCAGAAUUUGCAGAGAAACCGUAUGAUGCUAGUGUCGCAGCGAGGCUGAAGGCGCUGCUUGACCUGCAGAUGAUUCUUAAGAGCCAGAACCUCGAGUACGACAAGUUGUUGCUUGUAAAGAACCAAAUUGAUGCGCUCUCUGUAAACCUGCCGAGCCAUCUUAAGGCCCAGUAUAUCCCCACGGCUACACCACCGGCAGGAUAUCCCCCUUACCAACCACCAGCCAGCUCGUCAGCCGCCUCCGCAGCUCCAACACUCAGCGGCCUGUCACAGAUUCAGCUACCACCAGGGAUAGCAGCAGCCGCGGCUGCGGCGUUGGCCGCCGCCCACGCUCAGGGGGCGGCACCCGCAGCUACAGGCGCUCUCCCGCCGGCGUCUGGCACGGCCGGAUCGGUGUCUAUCGACAGACUGCUCGGAAAGGGGGCGCUGGCAGCGAUCUUGGCGGCGCGACAGCAGCAGACAGCAGCAGCAGCUCCAGCACCGGCACCAGUUCCAGCUCCAGCUCCAACACCGGUACCAGCACUGCAAACGCAAUCGCUUCCGCUAGCAUUGUCACAGGCGCUUUCACAGAUGCUUCCACAGCAGCAUCAGCCCGCCGGUUUCUCCGGAGUUGCUCCUGGCGGCAAUGCUGGCAACCCAUUGGCCCUCAUGGACAUGCUACGGAAGGCGGGAAUUCUGCAAGGCCAGCAAGGAGCGCAGCACGCACAAAUGGGCGGUUCCAUGCCUGCGACGCUGUCGUCAAGCUUGGCAAGCAUACUGGCAUCAGCGCGAGCACCAGCCUUGGGAGCGCCAACCUUGGGGGCGCGGGUACCUUUGCAGGAGAUCCGAAACGAGAUUUCUUUCCAGUCUGCAUCUUUAAAACACUUCCGCCCUCAUCUGCUUCCGCUCCUGUACGAGAAGUUGGGUCCUCCCUGCACGCAGUGCGGACGGCGGUUUCAGACAGACGGGGCCGGGCGAGCAGCCAAGACGGCACACAUGGACUGGCACUUUCGUGUGCACCAGCGGAUUGUCGAGUCGGAGAAGCGUGGCCAGCACCGCAGUUGGUACGUCGACCAGGCCGAUUGGAUUCAAUCCCGCGAGGCCCCUCCCGAGGCGGACGGAGUCGAUCAUGGUGCCGACGGCAUCAGAGGAAGUUCCGGGGCAGCGGGCGCCAACGGACGGAGUAGCAGCCACCAGGGAGCCGGGUCCUCGCUCUCAGGGACAGGUGGUGCUGGCGCAGGCGGCGGAAAGGUGCAGUGGAUUCCGGUGCCGAGCGAUGGGGCCGGUGCCAACCAGGCAUGUCCGAUCUGUCAGGAACGGUUCAAGAUGCAGUGGCUGGACGAGGCGCAGGAGUGGGUGUGGAUCGACGCCGUGCAGAUCGGCUCGCGCGUGUACCAUGCCAGCUGCCACGCCGAGGCCACCAAGAGCGGAGCGAUCCGCGAUCAUCCGGCAGCGAGCGCCAUGGCAGCCAUGCUCUCCGGCGUGCUACCGCCACAACAGCUGCCACAGCAGCCGAUGAUACCCACAGAGAUCAAGGUGGCGCACAGCAGUCAUCACCGCUACCGGGUGGCGGAGGAGGCAAAAGCGGCCGCAGCGGACGAAAAAAGAAGCGCGGUGCUGGAGGCGGUGGUGGUGGUGGUGGUGGUGGCGGUGGUGGUGGCCCGAGAAGGCCGCCAGAUCUGGACCGAGUCGAUCCGGAUAUUGGCGGCGGUGGCCGAAAUGGGAUGCGCAAUGGCAGUGGCGGUGGCUACUGGACGGAUGGACCUGGUGGCAGCAGCUCCAAUCCUGGUGGCGAUGACGUCGUGGUGGACCUGA